CGCUCCAGCUCACCAUUUCUCCUCUCCCUUCCCUUCCCUAAGCAUCUCAGCGAAUCCAAUCGAUCCGAAGGCGAUGGACCAGCAGGGUGCGGGCGGGGACGUGGAGGUGCCGGCGGGGCUGGGGCUGACGGCGGCGGAGUACGAGCAGCUGCGUCCGACGGUGGACGCGCACCACCGCUACGCCGUGGGGGAGGGCCAAUGCUCCUCGCUGCUGGCGCAGCGCAUCCACGCGCCGCCGGCCGCCGUCUGGGCCAUCGUCCGCCGCUUCGACUGCCCGCAGGUGUACAAGCACUUCAUCCGCAGCUGCGCGGUCCGGCCGGACCCGGACGCCGGCGACGCCCUCCGCCCCGGCCGCCUCCGCGAGGUGUGCGUCAUCUCGGGCCUCCCCGCCAGCACCAGCACCGAGCGCCUGGACCACCUCGACGACGCCGCCAGGGUGUUCGGCUUCUCCAUCACCGGGGGCGAGCACCGCCUCCGGAACUACCGCUCCGUCACCACCGUCUCCGAGCUCGCGGGCCCCGGGAUCUGCACCGUCGUGCUCGAGUCCUACGCCGUCGACGUCCCCGACGGCAACACCGAGGACGACACCCGCCUCUUCGCCGACACCGUCAUCAGGCUCAACCUCCAGAAGCUCAAGUCCGUCGCCGAGGCCAGCACCUCCAGUUCCGCACCCCCGCCGCCGUCGGAGUAGCGGGCGGCCGGAAUCGGCAAGGGGAGAAACGCAGCAGCAAGUUUUGGGCGUUUUUCUGUUAUUUCACUUCUCUGGGAAAUGGUCUCUCUGAAUUAAAUCUGAUCGUGGAUGGAUUUGGACUGGACGAGAGGAGGAGAGGAGGGGUCGGGUCAGCUUGAAUCAGGUGUCGCGUUGCCAGGGUGGCGACCUGUAAUAACCUCUCCUUCAUCUCCUAGAUUCAUUCCUUUCAUCUCCUAGAUUCAUUCCUUUCAUCUUUGCUUCUUCCAGAAUUUGGUUAAUUUCAGCUUUACGCGAGUGGAAUGAUUCCUU